GUUUAAAUGGUGACCAGUGGUAAUCAGAAACCCAUUCUCGUGGAAAAGAUUGCCCGAAUAAAAAACAGCAGCUUUGCGGUUGUAUCCUUUCCACCAAUGGUCGGCCUACGGCGUCAUCACAAAAAAUCUCGCAAUGGUUGUCAUGAAUGCAAACGAAGGAAAGUCAAGUUUAGCAACGACAGGCACGUCGUCAGCUGCUACGACUUCACAAAGCCCUUCUGAAGGGUUCCUCACAUCAUUCGACAGGACAGGCAUAUCUCAAGAUGCCGUGAAUACAGCUAUUGACGACGACUUUCUAAGUUUCGGUGUUGCGGUCGACGCUGGAAGGGUUCCUCUUUGGCCUCUCAACGAGUCGAAGGGCCGGGAAUUAGAACUCAUGCACCAUUACUCUACCUAUACCUGCAAUACUCUUGCUCUGCGAGAGGACAUGAAGCACGUCUGGAGAGUUGUUAUUCCUCGAGAAGGUUAUUCUCAUCCCUUCGUCAUGGAUGGCAUUCUUGCGUUAUCUGCAUUGCAUAAAGCCUAUCUGAUCCCGAGCGACCGAGAAGCAUACCUUACAAUUGCUGCACAUCACCAAUCGUUGGGUCUGGAGGGUUUCAGACCGCUUUUGACCAAUGUCACGGAGCAAAAUUGGAAGCCCGUGUUCUGCUACGCUACUGUUGUAGCACUCUAUGUUUGCUUACUCCCUGCAAGAUCAGACAAGGGACAAUUGUCAGCUCCGGUUGCCAAUACCCUAGAAAUGAUCCGCUUUGUAAGAGGCAUUCGAUCUGUUCUCCAGCCGUUUAUCGAACACCUUCCACGGUCAAAUUUUGCUCCGCUGGCUCAGGGCGUCUGGAUAGUCCAAUCAUGUGAGAUAUCAGACUAUGAUCCGCCCUUGGAGCAAUCCCUUUUGCCGCGAGAUACAUUUGACGCUUUGAGACGCCUUGGAUCCUUCUUCCGCCACGACCCACAGUUGACAGCCCCUCAGGACUACGAAGCGGCCGUGUCUGAGCUGAUGUUCUCAGCCAAGCUUAUGGCCAGCGCCGGUCUGCAUAUUGAAUGUGGCAUGGUCUUAUCCUGGCCCUAUGUCUUGCCUGCAAGUAUACUAGCUGACAUCCAAGAGCUCAACCCUUACGCGUUGGUCCUCCUGUCCUACUUCUCUGCUUUCUUGGCUAUCAUGGGAACUAGAUUCUGGGUCCUUGAGGGAUGGGGAACGCAGCUUCUUAAAGAUAUCGAGGCUUUACUAAAGGAUCUUCCGCCGUUUCAUGAGAUCUUGACGUGGCCAAAAGAGCAGGUAUCAAGGCUGAACGGAAUCUCUUGAUCAACAACUUCAGUGUAAAAAGAAGAAGAACGAGACAGGAUCCUCAUUAUUGCAGCUUUCCCUUUGUGCUGCGAUUAGGAACCAUGACCCGCU